AUGUUGCAGCCGACCAAAGACGUUAGGGACAGGAAAAUUCUCUUACGGUUUCAAAGACAUCGCUCUUUCUCAAUACGGUAUAUCAGAGAGGAAGAGGUUGGACUUGUGGUGAAGAAAGUGUCUGAAUCUGCUUUGAGACAAUCUCCUGUAGAUUUAAGCAAAACCUUUUUCUCACUCACCGCAAGCAUCAUUUGUAGAGUAGCUUUAGGACAGAACUUCAACGAGGAUGGCUUUGUUAUCAAUCAAGAAAGGAUCCAAGAACUUAUUACCGAAGCAACAGAAGCUAUAGGGACUUUCACUUUCUAUGACUUCUUCCCUGGUGCACUUGGAAGAUUCCUAGAUUGGUUGUUUCAACGUCACAAGAAGAUCAACAAAGUCUUUGAAGAGCUUGAUGCUUUUUACCAACAUGUGAUUGAUGACCACUUGACACUAGAAGGAAGGAAAGACCCGGAUAUUGUUUCCUUGAUGUUGGAUAUGAUCGAUAAACAAGGAAACGAAGAUUCUUUCAAACUCAAUAUUGAUAAUGUCAAGGCUAUCCUCAUGAAUGUAUUUCUAGCAGGGAUAGAUACAAGCGCUGUAACAAUGAUUUGGGCGAUGUCAGAACUCGUUAGAAACCCUAGAGUAAUGAAGAAAGCUCGGGAAAAGAUUCGAACCGCCCUUGGGGACAAAAGGGAAAUAAUCACUGAAGAUGACCUAGGAAAAGUUGAUUACUUGAAGCUCAUAAUCAAGGAAACAUUCAGACUACAUCCACCACUUCCAUUUAUACUUCCAAGAGAAACAAUGUCUCACAUCAAGAUCCAAGGCUACGAUAUUCCCCCGAAAACGCAAAUUCAAAUUAACGUAUGGACAAUCGGACGUGACACCGAGCAUUGGACCGACCCUGAAGAUUUCGUCCCUGAACGGUUUACUGAUAGUUCUGUAGAUUUCAGAGGACAACAUUUUGAGCUGUUACCGUUUGGUUCUGGUCGGAGGAUGUGUCCAGCGUUUCCAAUGGGUGUUGCUACCGUGGAGCUAGGGUUGAUGAAUUUGCUUUACUUUUUCGAUUGGGCAUUGCCAGAUGGAAUGAACUUUGGAGACAUGGAUAUGGAAGAAACUGGUAGUAUCUCCAUUGUUAAAAAAGUACCCCUUCAACUUGUGCCCCUUCAAUGUUAUUGAUAUGGAGACCAAAAAGCUUGAUACCAUGGAAAGUUCACGAGCAUGAACGCAUGAUUUUUCAGGUAUUGUUGGUUAUGUAAGAAUUAAUAUUUGAACAGAAUAAAUAAAACUUUUUUUCUAUUGAUUCAACUGGUAGUCGGGUUACUGGUUUUAUUGAGUUUUUACAAGGUUUUGUAUUUUAACGAGUUUUUAAAUAAUAGAUUUUAAGAAAAACUCAAACCAAAUUACAUAUUGAGUUAUCAGGUUCGACUGUAGAUCUGGAUCGAGUUAAAAAACAUUUGAAUUGGUACAUCCUUUUUCAUAUACUGAAACUUCGUUGGAUACAGUUAUAUAUAGACUGUAUUAUAUUUAUAUAGUACGUUUACUUACUUACGAAAGUUUAAAUUUACAUUUAUAUUAUACAUGGUCUAUAUUACCAUAUACAAACGAUAUACAAAUGUAAAAGUGACUAUGUACACAUUUGACAUAUACUAAUAAUAUAUACAUUUCGUUUUGUGAUGUUUUUUGACUAAAUUUUGUUUUGUAAUGUUAUAUUUACAAAUUAAAUGUAAAUGUAAAAUACAUAUAAAUCUAUACUAUACCUAUGAUAUAAUAUAAUUUAUAAAUUUAAUUUACGAGUUCCACUUAGCUAUACGGAAUAUAGAUAGAUAGUAAAAAUAUCUACCGAUUGUAAAAUGGUGACACUUUUUCUGCUCCUUUAUUCAUGCGUCAAACUGCGCUAUUGAAUGAAGAAAAAUAUGCAGAAAAGUGAAACUGAUUUGGGGGUCAGUGGCUGGUAAGAAUACUCCAGGUUCAUGAUGAAGACAAAGGCUUGAUCGAGCUCGACUAGGGAUUUCCAUAAUGUGGUUUUAUUCUGUGAUAUGGUGGAUUUACAACAGGUUGCCCCUUGUUUCACCUCGUCAAACUGUCAAGAUGAUAACCCAACCAGUAAAAGCUUGAUCGAAUUAUGGUAAACAGUUGUUGAUUAAAUGCUUAUAUGCAGUCUUUGCAACGUUAAAGUAUGGUGGUGUGUCAGAUCACCUGCGUAUACAUAUUUUGCUUAGGGCUGUUUCCAGUGCAACAUGAAACCAUUCAAGUUCUUUAAUCAUACUGCCACCCAUCCAAGAUUUCUUGAAGUUGUAGCUGAGUGUGGAAUGAAUCAAACCCUCUCUACUAUUCUCGGCCUGCUCUAAAGAGGUUACAGAAGAAGCUAAAAGCACAUUAAAGAAUCGCUCCAUGGGGCAGAGACUCAGGGUUACCAGCUACUAUCUUACUUCGCAAUUUAAAGCAAUACAAAAGCUAUGGUUACAUGCUACCGCAACAUCACAAACAAAUAUGACACAUGCUACUACUACAAUUAAAUGAAAGAGUUUGUUUUCAUGAUUUAAGCAAGAGAUGUUGAUUACAUUUUUUAAAUAAAUGUGGAUUUCUCGUUUUAAAGAAAUAAAAGAUGAGUUCAAAAAUGUAAAGAAAAAAUUACCGUCAAGCAUUUUCCAAAAUAAAAAUUAAAGUCAAGAGUUGUAUAGUCCGGACGGACACAGAGAAACCUGCUAACGUCCACCACAUAAGAGCAAAGUUGAUUAGUAGACGACAUAAAAUUAAAAAAUUAUAUUAAAACAAAUCUCAGGUCUAUAUAAAUACAAAACAUUGCCCUAUUCAAACAAUCACAAAAACCAUAUUUUACAAUUUGAACAACCGCAACGAGGGCGCCUAAAUCCGUAACAUCCUAUAUAAGAUACUAUCCACUGAAACAAAAGUUCACAUAAAACAAAUAUUCAUUUAAAUAUUAAAACAAGAGAAAAAGACCAAAAUAGCACUAAAUCAAGUUUUUGUUCCCAAACUAGCACUCAAGGCCAAAAGUCACAAAAUAGCACUCAAAGGGUGGAGUUUAGGGUUUAGAAUUUAGGGUUUAGGAUUUAGAGUUUAGGUUUUAGGGUUUAGAGUUGAGAAGUGAGGUUUUGGGGAUAAGAUUUCAAAUUUUGAAAAAUAAAAAAAAAAUUAAAUUUUUCAAAAGAUAAAAUACUAUUUUGGUCAUUUUAGUUUUUGAGUGCUAUUUUUAUGAUAUAAACUUAGAAAGGUGUUAUUUUGGAGAUUUGCCCUUAAAACAAUGUCAACCUAAACACAUAACUAUGUCAUACUCUCUGCUAUUGUCUUAUUGAUUUGUAAACUAUUAUAAGGGAAUAGAAUAUAAGAGAAUAUAUAUAUUAUGUAAACGUUAGGUUUUCGUCUGUUAUUCACCAUAAUAUGUGUUUGCUUCCUUGAAAUGAAUGUAGAGCAUAACUAAUCAAUGUAAUAAUUUUUUUUUUUUUUGAAACACAAUCAGUCUAAUAAAUAAUACGUACACACCCAUAGGCCCAAAGCUCCUUGUCGAGAGCUUUUUGAUAUUCUCAUGAUUAAAGUAUAAAAAUAGAAAGUUAUCAAUUAAAAAUAUUUUAUAGACAUAUUGUCAUGUUGAUUUGAAAACUCUUUCCACUAACUUUAAUUUGUAAAUAAAUUUUUUCUGCUAAAUUGGCUUUUAGGUCUACCUAAUCUGCACCUGUCCGUGUUUAUACUAAACCCAAAAACUAGUAGUAUAAGAUAACUAUAAAAUUAAAGAUCUUUUGAUACUUUAAGAUGAGAUGAAAUCUUGGACUUGUUUGUUUGUAUAUGAAAUGAGCUCUUACAUAUAGUAGCCGUGUGUACCAUUAUUACGUCUCUUUAGUGGAACGCACCAUCGCUCUCUCGAUUAAACGUACUGAAAACAUAUACUUGCAAAUACUUUAAGCCUAUCUUUUAUCGUUUGACCGAUCACCGAUGGUAUCAGGUUUUCAACAUACUAGAACUUAAUAUAUGUUAGUCAGGCAAAUAAAAAUAAAUAAAGAAGUGUAUAAUACUUAUGCUGAUUUAUUUGAAUUUAAUGUUAAAAUUUAAAGAAAAAGCAUUUUUCAUAUUUGGUGUUACUAUUGUUUUGAGCCUGAGUUGAGAUAAUAAACUUCUUACAGGUAUCAGAUAAUUAAAAAUAAAGAAUCAGGUUUAAAAGCUUUCCUCGUGUCAUUAGAGACAUGUGAAAUGUGAUGAUUAUAAACAAUUUAAGAUGAUUGCUAUAUAUAUAUGUGAUGCACUAUGGAAACUCGGAAAGAGGUACAAAGAGAAGUCUAAAGUUCAUAGUAUUGGUGUAAAAAGCAUACGAGAUAAACGCAAAAAGAGACAAAUUCCGCCGUGAAAAUGAUAUCCUCAAAUCGCAAUUAUUCUCAUUGCAAUCAUAUUAACAAGGUUUCUUUAUACUAAUUUAUUAUUGUAUUGCUAAGAAAA